UUGUUUAUGAACACCAUUGCUUAUUUUCUUUUUUAAAAUUUCACUUUCCUGAACAGGCCACUGAGUGAUCCGAGAUGUAUGAGUCACUGGGUCCAAGAGGGGGUGAAAUGGAUCCCCACAACAAGUGUAUGGGAGGACGCAUGUGGUGCGUCUCGGAUAUAUGCGGCAUUAUUUGUGCCGUGAUGACAUGGCUACUAGUUACUUAUGCUGAAUUUGUGGUUUUUACAGUAACUCUGGGCACUGCAAAUUAUCCCAUUUAUACAACUUUCAAUCUUCUACUUUUCAACAUUUUUGCAUUCCUUGCUCUAUCUUCACAUGCAAGGGCCAUGUUUACUGAUCCGGGUGCUGUACCAAAAGGUAAUGCUACAAGGGAAAACAUUCAGCGAAUGGGGCUUCGGGAAGGCCAAGUGAUUUUCAAAUGCCCAAAAUGCUGUAGCAUUAAGCCUGAGCGAGCCCACCACUGUUCUGUGUGCCAGCGGUGUAUCCGUAAAAUGGAUCACCAUUGUCCCUGGGUCAACAACUGUGUUGGAGAAAACAAUCAGAAGUUUUUUGUGCUCUUCACAUUCUACAUUGCUCUGCUGAGCCUCCAUGGUCUCUUCCUGGGCAUUUACCAGUUCGUAAUCUGCGUCAAGAGUGAGUGGCGUGAAUGCUCCUCAUUCUCCCCUCCUGCAACAGUUGUCCUCUUGCUGUUCCUAAUUUUUGAGAGUUUGCUUUUUGCUAUUUUUACUGCAGUAAUGUUUUUCACGCAAGUUAAUGCUAUCUGGAAUGAUGAAACGGGUAUUGAGCAAUUGAAGAAAGAGCAGGCCAGUUGGGAGAAAAAGUCACGAUGGCGAAGCAUCCAAGCAGUAUUUGGUCGAUUUUCUCUCACAUGGUUCAGCCCAUUCACAACGCCACCUCUGCCAACAAAAACUCACUCUUACAUCCAUCUGCCAAGGCAGGAUGACCCAAAGAGGAAAACACACUCACCAUCAUUUAUUCAAUCACUGUCUUGCCAGAAGUGCAUUGACAUCACAAUUCAGAGUUCCCUCCGACUGCACCAUCCCCACUUCCCCUUCAGAGUGCAGAUUUGGACCUUCCAUGAUGCUGAUCACCUGUGUCACAUUUACAUAAUUUACAGUGGCCUUCAUUUUGACUUCCAUUUUGUAUUAGGCUAAAAAUCUUUCUUAAAAUUCUAGUGAUGUCAUUGGUACAGUAUGUGAAAUUAAUUUUGUUCAACUGAGCAUUCUGGAAACAUCACUCAUUUUGAUAGAUCAAACUGACAUUAGCUGAUUGAUAUAUUGUUCUAAAUACUUUAAAUCCAAGUGGGAUUAUUAAGAAAUGUAGGAAUUAGGUAUGAAAGUCUGAACUUGAUAUUGCAUAUGGGACACAGUCAUAAAACUACUAGACUGAAUACGUAUAUUGUUCAACCACUAAGGUUUAUGAAAAGGAAGCUGAUGUCAAAUAACUCAGCUCUUCUAAAAGCAUUACAUCAUUUUUUUUUUUUUUUUUUUUUUGGGGGGGGGGGACUAUUUAGUAGGAAUGAGGUCUAAAUAAUUUCUGUUGUAUUUACUGCAUUAUAUCAGGCUUGCAAGAAGAAGGAUAAGUAUACCUGAAGGUACAGCAAAAAACAUGGAAAAAGAGUGCAAUUGUUGAACUAAAAAAAAUCUCAUGGGAUGCCAUUUACAAAGAUGGUACUAACAUCUAUAGAAGUCAAUUGCAACUUUUUUUUGACUUGGGUAUAUAGUAAUAUUAUCUGAAAAAGUACAUUGCAUAGGUGUGAAAACGAGGAAACUGUAGAACUGUACAUUAUAUAACAAUUACAAUUACAAAUGUGGGAGUUUACAUAGGUUACAAAGUACUGUAUGUAUUUAAAUUUGCAUAUACAUGUACAUUGCAUUUUAGCCAUGACUAAAGUUACAAUUUUAAAAGAUGAUUAUGUUAUACAAAGUGUGUGUUAUAUUAAUAAAAAAUUUCAAACUUAUAAUAAUUUAUCGCACCACAUGAACAACCAUGGUUAUAGUGGAAGAUUGGUAGCACCAAUGGCACUAUGGGCUUUAUUUUUCAAGGCUUCCCAUACAAGCAAUGCAGUGACUGUGAACACAGUCACUGCAUUGCUACAUACAUGGAAACCCAUGACUCUGUUCCCUCUCACUUCAAAACUUAACAUUCCCAUAAAUCUGUAAUCCAUUAGAUAUGCACUUAUUUGGUGGAAGGAUAGCAGUUCUAUAUAUAUAUUUCACAAAUAUGGAUAUCUUACCCUGCUUAACAAUCUCUCAGCACCUCAUUGCAGUACCAUCCUCAAAAGUGAAAAAUUAUACUAAUUUCUUAAUAAUUUUUUACCAAAUCUAAGCAAAGCACAUGCAUCAAGCAUCUAUAUACAAAAAAUGAAUGCAAUUGGUCAAAUAACCAUCAGGAAAAAGUUUAUUUAUAUUGUUGUAUAUGGAGGUGUCUCAUAGCUCGGUUGGGAGCUUGCUCAGCUCAUACAUUGGGCAUGUUUCCUUAAGACACCUGCUGUCCCUGUUCAUCUAGCAGCAAUUAGGCACCUGGGUGUUAGCCAACAGGUGUGGGUUGCAUCCUGGAGACAAAAUUAACCCAAGUUGCCCAAAAUUCUCUGCAUAACCAGGGUCUUUCUUUAUAGUACAUCAUUGAUGUUAGCUAGGUCUGUAUAAGUUGUAUCAUGUACUUGUAAAAAUAAAGAUGAUUAUUAUUAUUA